ACUGGUUGCUGUUCAAAGUGCGAAUAAUGCGUCUUCCUUGUAUCCGCACGCUCCAACAUGGUUUGCACCCGUUCUGUUCUGUUUACCAACAUGCGCUGUCCUCCCGGUAAAAGACUUUGAACUUCGACAUUCGUCUUCAGGGCCGGGAAUCAAGGUGUUUCGGAAACUACUUACACAAUGCUCCUACAAGUGUAUGCACUUGUUGUCCUUUCUUGGGAUGCUUUGUGCCUUGUCCUGCAAGUUUACAUUGCCUUCCUUGAGGCGUGCUGGCACCUGAUAUGCCCUCCAAGACAGAGAUCGGUCAAGAAUGAGAUAGUUCUGGUUGUUGGAGCAUCUCGGGGUGUAGGAAGAGAGCUUGCUCUACAGCUUGCAAAUCUUGGUGCUUAUAUUGUUUGUUGUGACAUUGACAGCGCUGGAAAUAGGAAGACCUAUGUUGACAUCUGCCAAAGUGGUGGCCAUGCAAUUGCGUACCAUGUUGAUGUCACAAAUAGAGACCAGGUUUUCAAAAUUGCGGACAAUGUGAAGAAGGACGUAGGAUUUGUGAGCAUGAUAAUACAUUGUUGUGGCAUGCCUAGUCCUAAUUCUCUUGUUGCCCAGCCACCACCAGAAAUCCAAACCACUAUGGAUCGCAGUGUUAUGUCUCACUUCUGGAUUCUUCAAGCAUUUUUACCGCAAAUGCAAGAGCAGCGUCGGGGACAUAUAGUUGCUUUGAGUUCUGUUGCUGGCCUGACUGGCAUAAAAGACCAAGUGCCCCUGAGUGUAUCUCAAUUUGCUGUCAAAGGUUUAACUGAAUCACUUCGCCAGGAGUUGAGAACAUCCCAAAGACAUGCUAAAAUUCAAGUGACUCUAGUGCACAUUUAUCCAUUUCUAGUCAGUCCUGAAUAUUCUCGAGAUAUAAGACUUAGGAUUCCAAGCUACUUUGGAACGUUGGACCCCAGAGAAGCUGCUAGACAAAUCAUUGUUGGAAUUCGUCAAGGAUAUUCAGAAAUGAGUGUACCUGGUUAUUUACUCUUCAUGGGAAACUUGCUACGGUUGUUGCCAAGAGAAGUGUCUGUCAGGUUGAGGGAGUUGUUAGACACAGGUGUUGAUUUUGGUUAGAGCACUUUCCAGUUGUCAGGCAUAGUUCAAGUAAACUAAUGUGUUAAAGAGGACCAAAUACUGUUAAUACUAAAUGUUUCAAUGAGGUUUUGAGUGAUAAUUCUUAUAUUAUUAGGGAGAAUAACUUGAAAAAGCUGUUUAUCUGUUUUUGACUGUUUUUUCUUUCAAUGUCAUAAAUUAAUAGGUUUAGGUACUCUCAUAAUUCACUAAAUUUGUGUUAGUCAGUUUCACUAUUCACUUCAUCACAUACCUCCAACAUAACGUGUUCAUAACUAUCUAGUCUUCAGGGCCUUUAAGCCAACCUUUUUGCCACCUCGAGCUUAAGAAGUACUACAUGAUGAGAAGUGACUAAAAUCUUGGGAAAACAAAUUUUUUAAAUAAUUAACAAGAUUAAUGUGAUUUAUGAAUUCAUAAUUUUAUGAAUUUUACAAUGUUCUUCAGAAAUGGGACAGAAGGUUUUAUCUAGCAACAGUUUCUGUUAAUACCUACAUAUCAUUAUUCAGUCUUGAAAUUUCAUAUUUUCUUACACAGGUUUGUAACAUAAUAUUUUUAAAGACAAUAAAUAUUAGACAUACUCAGUU